ACAAGCAACUGUGAUAACUGCUGGAAAAAAUAAUCAGCUUCAAAACCUAAACAAGCUCUGCACCCUCCUUAUCGUGUAGCUUCCACAACUAAACCCUUGCCACGUGGUGUGAAUGAAUGAAUUACGUGAUGCUACAAAUGUAUUUUCAGACCUUAGAAGCCAAUUGACCCAAACAAGCGAUGAACUCUGAACCUAAGUUGCUUCGGACGCUAGAAUGGCUACUUGUUCUUGGGGCCAUGUUUCACUGCGGACUAGCUGACGAGAAGCAACCUCGAUCUGUCAAAAGCACAAAGCCAGUUUAUCGUCCACCACUGGAUCCCAGCGAGUGGGGAGAUUCGACGAGCGAAUCCGACUCCUCGACUUUGGGGUGCAUUCGCAUCAGGGCCAGGAAAAACAGCAAGCUUGCAGCUCAGAGAAAAGUUGCCAUUCUCAAUGCAGCCGCAACGUGCUCGGAAUUCAACAACACCCUGGCGCAAGUCGUAGCACAAACGCUGCAGACGACAGGAAAUUUCCUCGUCAGCUCGCUAACUGGUGAGCAGCUCUCCGAGAGCUCAGUUUUCAGUAGGAGCACGUUCGAUGUACUAGCGAUUACCCAAGCCAGCUGUUUACCUGUCAACGUCAGUGGGUUCAUCAGCAAUUACAUCCAGUUCCUGGGAAAUGGUGGAGAUCUUGUAUUACUGGGUGGCAAGCCCCCGUUCAUCCGAACUAGCAAUCUGAAAGAUAUGGGAAUCAACGUGAUGAGCGAGUAUGAACCCUAUAGGUACACAAAUACAAUAGCCAAACUACCAGCAGGAAGCCUGAGGCGACUGCUAACAAUGAACCUGGAUCAGUCUCUGGCAGAGAAGCUGCCUGAUGGCAGCUCUUCGAAAUGGCAAGCAGAGCUUGAAAGUUACAGUCUAUCUGGAUUGUCUGCGUUGGUGUGGCCAAACCCAGGCGAAACAACCUAUGCACCAUUACUGUCUGUUUACGACCCGUACGGGCGACAGAAAGGAGUGGCCAUCGGACAAGCAGUGCAUAAGAGAGGCAGUUUCAAGGGAUCAACAUGGAUUGUGGCGGGCGUGGUAAGUCCUAUGUCGUUCUAUGGUCUGAACCCGGUUCUUCGCAUUCUUACUUCGGCUCUUCAGAACGAGACCGAAGUGGUCAACAUCAAAGAUGAGGAAUGUUUGGAUGAGCCCAGUCUCCUGCUGGACAUCCCUAGCAACCUCAAGCAUGGAGAGUCCAUUGUCAAGCCAUUGCCAACGCUGGCAUCGGUAUCCAAUGGGACGGAGUUCCUGGCACUCAGUAAAGACAAGCGUGGCAUUGUCUACCCAAACGGGCAGGAAUUCUUCAUGCUCGGCGCUGAUUUCUAUCGCUCCAUUCUCGGUUCGUUCGAUGCAGAAACACUCACUCUUGACAUGCAGAAAGCGGCCGAUGCGGGCCUCAAUGCCUUGCGCAUGUUUGGCUACGAAGAUGCACUACAGAAACAGCCAGACAUUCUACCGACUAUUCGCACGGUGGCCAAUGACUACGGUCUCUAUUUGCUCAUGGACAUGAGCUGUAAGCCUGAAAAGGAUUCGGAGCAGAAAACAGCCGCCGGAGUAGCCGCAUCAGCCAAGCGCACUGCAACCCUGCUGCAGAAUGAAACCUGGCUUCUGGGUUAUGACCUGUGUAAUGAACCAUACUACUGGGACUUGGGUGAGAUCAUGGUCAAUGCCACUACCAAGCUGAAAGACCUGUUUAACUAUAAUAAGCAACCGGUUAGUGAGGCUGACUACAUUGACUUUCUCAAUCCUGGCUACUCGUCCACGUUUCCCAACCUGCACCAUGGCCUGCCCAUUCCAGAGAAGUACAAACCGGUCAUGGAUGAUGUGGCUGGCAUCUACUCCACAUGGCUGAACUGGCGUAAGUCUGCCAUUAGGUCGGUAGAGCAACACAGCCUGCUGACCGUUGGUUACAACACACUGUAUGGCCUCAUGGCGUACAACCAAGAGCUGGACUUUGUCAGCCACCACGCCUAUCCCAACGGGCCCGGCUACACGUUCACGCUGCAGAACUACACCCAGAGCCUAGCAGUGCCGACGACAAUGGACAGGCUGGCGUAUGUCUGGGACAACCUUGCCGCUAGCAGCAGCAGCAAUGAUAUGACCAGGCCAAUAUCCUAUGGCGAAUUUGCCACAUCUAAUGGAGACAUACUGGAGUUACCCGACGGCACGGAGGAGUACGUCGACUUCCAGACGUCAGCUCUCUACGACAUGCUUGUCUGGCUGCGCAUGCUGAGUCAGGGCUACAGUGGAGCACUCCGGUGGAGAGUGAAUGACAAACCAUACAUUCUGAGCCUUCAGCAAGACACCUGGAGAGGCAAUGACUCCGAUCCAAUGAUACACAAGUCCUACAUCCGCGAGUCUCGCUUUGGACUAUUCUGGUACGAUGGCUCGCCGCAAGGGCGUCCCAAGCCUCUCGCCUACUGCACUGACUUUCUCAGUCAGUACGUUGGGAGUGCGUUCGCCAGUGGAAUGAAGCACGUGUCGGAACUGCAGGCAAAGCUCAACGUGCGGCCCACAAGUACUGGCGUCCACGUGGCGUAUACAUUCACAACGCGCAAUGCCCUGUUCGUUGCUGACGUCGCACCUGGGUUUGCCGGCGAUGGUAGCAAGCUGCUGUUCCAGCCGGUAGGUGCAACGGCAGCGACCGUCAUGGUAUUCUGGUUGGCAGAUCAAAUUGAGAGCGGAGCAACGCAAACCCAGAGCACAGCAGCAAAGAAUGCCACUGCCAUGUACUUGAGGAGCUCAGCGGACACCAACGUACAGAUGCAAGUCUCCCUGCUCACGCCUGCGCUACACGCCGACUCGGUGACCGUGGCUGGCGUGCACGGCGCUUACGCGUUCGACGACACCUGGUUCAACAUCACGCUGCUUGCUGGCGAAUCUGUGAGCCUGACAGAGAAGUAGAGCUGAGGCCAACUCCAACCUUCCAGUCACACAUACGUAACGUUGCGCUCGCCACUGUAAUAACGUAUAACCUCACAAAGUCCAGUUUCCUUGUCCACAUUGAGCUCCAAGCCUUGACAUUGACCGUGCUAUUGGAUCUUGAAAUAAAGCUGACCCAGUGAAGAUUCAAGUACAA